UUGAGGAAGAGGCGUUGAAAGGUAAAUUGAAAGCAGAAAUGGCGCGGUAAGCUAACGCCGUGACUCUAGCGCUGGCAGGCCGCGGAGGACGCCUCCAGCUCGGAUCGACAGCUUCGCUCUAGCGGGGAACAAUUGUGGAUUCGCCUACAAACAGCGGGAGAGUCGGCGGCCUCCAGCUCACACCGACCCUGCCGUUGUUUGUUCCCCAGGUUCCACUUCACAACACUGUCAGACCCGUCCGCUUCUCUGUGGAGUUCGCUUUCAUCCUAAACAGAACCCGCUGCUCUGAAAGCAUGGGAGAUGUCCUCCAACGGGAAGAUCAUACCUCACACUCCUCUGGCCGUAGACUUCUGGCACGUGCGGAAGUGUCCGAGCGCGCGGCUGUUCUUCCUGUCUCACAUGCACGCGGACCACACGGUGGGUCUGACCUCCACCUGGAGCGGCCGGCCCAUCUACUGCUCCCCGGUCACCGCCAAACUGCUCCACCUCAAGCUGAAGGUUAAAGAGCAAUGGAUUCAUCCUCUGGAGAUCGGGGAACAGAACCUGCUCCCAUUGGAUGACAUAGGCAAGGAGACGCUCACGGUCACCCUGAUCGAUGCAAACCACUGUCCAGGCGCUGUCAUGUUUCUGUUCCAGGGCUACUUUGGCUCAAUCCUGUACACAGGUGACUUCAGAUAUUCCCCUUCAAUGCUCCGUGAGCCAUGUUUGAAGAACAACAUUACUAUAGACGUUCUGUACCUGGAUGAUACCAACUGUGACCCCAACCGCACGCUGCCUUCUAGGCAGAAAGCAACUCAACAAAUCAAGGAGAUCAUCCGCAGCCAUCCUGACCACAAUGUCGUGAUAGGCCUGUAUACUCUGGGUAAGGAGUCCCUUCUUUUGGAGCUUGCCAAAGAGUUUCAAACCUGGGUUGAGGUGAGUUAUGACAGAAUGGAAACCCUCAAAGUUUUGGAGCUGCCAGACGUCUUCACCACUGAGCAAGGCACCGGCCGCUUCAGAGUUGUGGAUCAUUCAGAGAUUACCUCUGCAUCGUUGCAGGACUGGAACAAUGAACAGCCCACUUUGGCAAUUUUGCCCACCAGCAGACCCCUGAUCUCCUACCACCCCAGUGUUCAUGUAGUUCCUUAUUCGGACCACUCCUCCUACCAGGAGGUUGUGGAUUUUGUCUCUACACUUAAGCCAAUGUCCCUCAUACCCAUUGUAAGAAAUCACUUACCUGGAAGUCUGCUGGCACUAGUGCCGCACAAAAAGUGUUGUGAAAUAUUUAUACCCGAAUCAGUGCGGCACUACAUGUUAAGACAGCCCGAGAGAGAGCUCAGCUCUUCAACAAACACCUUCCUUCGCCGCACACACCUCAGAGCCCCAACUCCCAGAGGAGUGGUCUUCGAUUCUCCGUUGAAGGGAUCCAGGCAGGCUUGUCAAGACAUCUGGGAGGCAGAUAGCUUGGAGAAGACUGGUUCUGAAGGGGAAAUGGACUCGGAAAGUAGCGAAAGAGACUCUGACUGUGUCGUGUUGGAUCCGAGCAUAAGACUCAUCCCUGACGUAAGCACUGAAGGAGCUGAAGAUUCAUGGAACCUCAGUGUUGUUCACACAGUGUCUGAAGACACGGUGAUGGCAAAGUCUGUGCCUCUCUGUGAAUUCACUCAAAGCAAUGCUGCUCAAACUGAGAUUUCUGCCAGCACCAAUGUCAGCUUGAAGUCUCUCCCCAUCACGAAACACCAAUUUAAAGCUAAAUCUAAAGUCUUUAGCUACAAAAGAGGACAUAAAGCUGUUCAGAGCAGCCCAGCACUGUCAGAUGUGGAUAACCUGAGCUUGCACAGUGGGAAUGACUCUGUGAUUUUGUUUCAUAGCAGCCAUGAUGGCACCUCCUGCACUUCGUCCAGCUCCUCCACGGGCCUGCGUGAGCAGAUAGAGAAACUUGAGAACAGGCUUCUGGAAUGUCUCCCCUUCACAGAGAAAGACCUGAGGCACACAGGCCUCUUGUCUCAGAGCUUCAUCAAGAUGUUCUCCUUCUCCCCUUUGAAAUAUUCAGAAGAGGAUGAUCUCUAACAAAUACUGUGAUUGAGCAUUUUAUGUUGCCUUCUGUUUAAAACCCUUUUGUGUCUCUUGAGUUGAAAAGUGCACCUUAAAGCUUUACUUUUUUACCAUAAUUGUUUGAUUUUUGAUUUUAGUUUUCUGGAGUUGCACCUUUGUCUGAUCCUGGCUAUAAAACAUGCUGCAUAAAGAGUUUCUUUGUUGAAUAAUUAAGAAGCAAUUUUAGUUUUUGUAGCAAAAAAAAGCCUAAAAAAACAGAUGUGGUCAAAAUAAUGAGCACAAUUUUAAGUAGUAAUGUAUGAAGUUGAAGGCAGCUUCCCUGUGGUCUGUGUGGACUUACUGCAUCAAGCCUUCCUUCUCUCUGAGUCAUGCACAGCUUGACCCUGCAGCUGUUGAGGAGACCCAGCUCCUCUCAUCCAUUGUCCUCACCUCAAGGUUGAUCUGCAGGAUACAGAUACAUCUUUGUCAAAUCUUACAGUUUUCACCUUUUUUUGUAUAAACCUUUAAGUUUCAUCUUUUCUUUUGUCUUUCUGAUUGUAAAAUGUAAUAAAAGCUUUAUUAUUUUAUUUAUUUUGUAAGUUGGAAAGCCAUUCUGAGUUAAAAAUCCAACCUAUGAAUUUUUUUUUUCUUUGCACUUACAUUGUCAUUUAAUUGCAUUAAAGCUAGAACAGUGUUGUUCACACCUAAAUGUGUUACUGUUUGACUGUGCUAACUGUGGUAUUGCCUUCAACUUAGUCAUGUUGUAGCUUUUGUUUCAUUAUCAACACUAAAGGUUUGCUAUAAUUUUGUGGUAAUCCCUUUAAUAGUUAACAGUAUUAAUUAACUUAAAAAGUUGUAAUCAAAUUAUUGCCUCAUGAAUCUAAUCCUGCAAUUCCUAUGUGUUGUGUUUUUAUAUUAAUUUUUCACAUGAUUUGUACUAAAUAUGUGAACCAGAGGAAUGGAAGUACACAAACAUACUCUGAAUGGAAUUACAUUCGAGCUUUACAACAUUGUUGCACCUUCUGGUUUUCAUUCAAAUUUUCUUUGUAGUUGCAGUAAACAACUUAAGUAACCAGAAUCACAUCCAUAAUACAGUAUUUAUAUAUCAGCACCAUUAAAACCUGCACAAUAAAGUUGUAGAUUACA